UCACGCUCCGCGGAACGGGCCACUGAAUGAAGAAUUUGGAGUUCAGCCCCGGGCCUCGAUGGAAUUCAGGAUCAUUCUGAUCCUGAGCAUGGCCAUCACUGUACACGCCCAGACAGCCGAAAUCGAGGUGGGGACAGUCGGAAGUCGUCCAGGCGCCAGCGAGGUCAAUGACAGCGACGACGAGGGGACGUACAGCCUCGACAUCGAGGAGCAGGAUGUCACCGCCCUUCAGAAUGACAUCACUGUGUGGGUCAGCUGGUCGGGCAAUGCCACAGACGCGAGGGCCGACGUGACGGCGCUGUCAUCGGACCGUGCUGAAGUGACACCGGACGGCGCUCGGGCCGAGACGGUGGACAGCGAGCUGACCGUGGAGCUGACCGUAGAGCUGGUCCACCUGGCGUCAGCCGAGACGGUGGACGCGGCGCCAGUGGGACCGGGGCCGGGGGCGUGGCGCGUGACGUUCCCGUGUGGAACCGUGCAGCAGGGCGCCGGCCGCGUCACCGACCGCCACCCGCUCAAGCACUUCUACGAGCGCGGUCACGACCUGCGGCUCGGCUGCGAGCGGCUCGAGCGGCAGGCGUUCUUCCAGCUGCAGCUGGUGGCCAAUGUCACCGACAAACCGCUCGUGGCCUGGAGCAACGUGAUGCGUGUGCGCUGGAGCCGCCGCUUUCGGCUGAAGGUGCGCGGUGAGAACGGCGGCAGUGUGUUCCCCUGCCGCGCCGGCGUCGAGGUCUACUUCGGCCGGCCGCGCUGCGCUGGUGGCGGCGACCGGCUGCGGCUCUCGGGUGUCGAGCGGGCGGACGUAGCGUCGGCGGCGCCGCCCACCAUCGAGCGCUAUGUCGGCGAGCGGCGCGUCUCCGGCGAGAGCAGCGCCGUGUCGUUCGAGUGCGCUGACUUCUCCGAACGCUUCGUGCGCUACUGCGUGUCGUACAUGGCGUUCGGCUGGUCGGGCGCCGUGUACCUGGUGCGGAAGGUCUGCAUCCCGACGCAGGCGGCCACGCUGGUGACAGACGGUGGUUUCGGUCCGUGGUCUGCGUGGUCUCCGUGUGAAGGCAGCUGUGGUGCAUCCAGUCGCGUCAGAUACAGAUUCUGCAACUCGCCCCAACCGCGAAACAACGGGGCCUUCUGCCAGGGCGAGACGACUCAGUCGCGGCCGUGCCGGCUGCCUCCUACGUGCCGCUGUGGCUGUGACGUGCUACUGUCGCGCGGCCAGAACUACACCCUGGCCGCCUCGGCCCACCACUGCCGCGGCACCAGCUUCUGGCGAUUCGAGACGUCCGACGGCAGCGUGCUCCAGUUGCGCUUCUCCUACUUCCGGCUGAACGGCAGCGCCGAACGGCUGCGGGCGCGGGACGGCGCCUUCUCCAACUCGGAGCUGCUGAUGGACGCGUCGGGCGCGGCCCGGCCGCCGGCGGCACUAACCUCGGCCGGCUGCCUGCUGCUGCAGUACAGCGGCGUCGAGGCGCCCACGGACCCCGGCGGCGGCUUCCUGGCUUCGGUGACGGCCGUCGCCUCGAACGGUAGCAGCACGGCGCGGCUGGCGGCGGCCAGCGCUCCACCGGCCGUCAACGGCGUCGGCGUCCUCGCUAUCUGCUUCCUGUCUGUGAUAAUGACGGUGGUGAUCGCUGCUGGCUCCUACCAAGCUUGGAAGGCGCGCAGGCUGGCCGCCACGGCUGCCAGCAUGGAGUCCCUGUACAGCAGAAGCGGCGGCGGCGGCGGCGGCGGGGACGCGGUCUGCUCGCUCUGCACCUCCGUCACGAGUGUGGCCGAGUCUGCCGUGGUGUUACGGCUGCGGCGACGGCCGUCCAAGCGAAGCAAGGAGCUGGAGAACCGACGCCGCCUGCUUGUGCGCUCCGACACGGACGAGACACUAAAGCCGGCCGACUCGGCGUCGGGACUAAGCGCUGCUUCCACGGUCGCGGAGCUGGAGCUGGAUUACUACGACUAUGAUGUCGCUAACGCCAGCCAGGCGCCCGGGUCCUACUUCGGUAUGGACCCGCUGCAGCUUAGUCUCUGCGCGUACGACUAUGACGCCACACCCACCGAGGACCUGGAGAUGACUGAGCUAAGUGAGGCCGAGCCGCGCUCACAGGUCACCGAGGUCACCGAGGUCACUGAGAUCACCGAGGUCGCCAGGGGGACAGACGCUGAUGGCAUAUUGUUCGCUGAUGACACCGAUGAAGAGGGCAGUAUACAGGAGGACAAGGACUGA